GCAGCCCAAUCCGCUGCGACGCUGAGGACAUUUUAAACUUAAAGGCGGGGCGGCCCGGGAGCUCUGUCGGCGCCGUUGAUCCCCUGCAUUUUCCUUCCUGGGCGGCAGCAGACAGGAUGGCCGAGGAGGCUGCAGUGGCUGUCUGUGUUCGAGUGCGACCCCUCAACAGCAGAGAAGAAGAACUUGGAGAAGCCUCCCACAUUUAUUGGAAAACCGAUAAGAAUGCUAUUUAUCAGAGCGACGGGGGUAAAUCCUUCCAAUUUGAUCGUGUCUUUCACAGUAAUGAGACCACUAAGAAUGUGUAUGAAGAGAUCGCAGUGCCAAUCAUCAGCUCUGCCAUACAAGGCUACAACGGUACCAUCUUUGCCUAUGGGCAAACUGCAUCUGGGAAAACACAUACCAUGAUGGGCUCUGAAGAUUGUUUGGGAGUUAUUCCCAGGGCAAUUCAUGACAUUUUCCAAAGGAUUAAGAAGUUUCCUGAGAGAGAGUUUCUCCUACGGGUUUCUUACAUGGAGAUCUACAACGAAACCAUUACAGACUUACUCUGUAAUACUCAAAAAGUGAAACCUUUGAUAAUUCGGGAAGACAUCAAUAGGAAUGUAUAUGUUGCUGACCUCACAGAAGAAGUGGUUUAUACAGCAGAAAUGGCUUUGAAAUGGCUUGCAACAGGAGAGAAGAACAGACAUUAUGGAAUAACCAAAAUGAAUCAAAGAAGCAGUCGUUCUCAUACAAUUUUUAGGAUGAUUUUGGAAAGCAGGGAAAAGGCUGAGUCUUCUAAUUGUGAUGGGUCUAUCAAGGUGUCUCAUCUGAAUUUGGUUGAUCUUGCAGGCAGUGAAAGAGCUGCUCAAACAGGAGCUGAAGGUAUGCGAUUGAAGGAAGGCUGUUACAUAAAUCGGAACUUACUUAUUUUGGGACAAGUGAUUAAGAAACUUAGUGAUGGGCAGGUUGGUGGUUUCAUAAAUUACCGAGAUAGCAAGUUAACACGAAUUCUUCAGAACUCCUUGGGAGGAAAUGCGAAGACUCGUAUCAUCUGCACAAUCACUCCAGCGUCGCUUGAUGAAACACUGACCACGCUCCAGUUUGCCAGCACUGCCAAGUACAUGAAGAAUACUCCUUAUGUUAAUGAAGUGUCAAAUGAUGAAGCUCUCUUAAAAAGAUACAGAAGAGAAAUAGUGGAUCUUAAAAAACAAUUAGAGGAGGUAAAUACAAAGACUCGGGCGCAGGAAAUAGAAAAAGACCAACUGGCCCAGCUCCUGGAUGAAAAAGACUUGCUUCAGAAAGUUCAGGAUGAGAAAAUUCAGAACCUGAAGCGGAUGCUGGUGACAUCGUCUUCUAUUGCACUGCAGCAGGAACUAGAGAUUAAGAAGAAACGCAGGGUUACGUGGUGCUUUGGCAAAAUGAAGGAUUCAAACUAUGUAAAGGAAUUUAAAAUUCCAACAAACAUAACAACGAGAACACGUAAAACUUCCGUGACUCCUUUGAGAGAAAAUUCUCUCAUGAAGUUGGGAGAGAGCGCACUGUCCUGGGAGUCUGAAGUGUUCGAUAACACACUCGAGCCAUUGGCUGAGGCAGAGUGGAGCUCAGCAACAGCCCUCCUCAGUGAGGAAAACUUAGAAAGUGAGUUGACCUCACUUAAUACUCAAUAUAAUAAUCUAGUAUUAGACUAUGAACAGCUAAGAAGAGAAAAUGAAGACUUGAAAUUGAAAUUAAAAGAAAAAAAUGAGUUAGAGGAAUUUGAGUUUCUAGAACAAAGAGAAGAAAAAGAUCAAGAGCUACAACUAAUGCAUGAAGUUUCCAACUUAAAGAAUUUAAUUAAACAUGCAGAAGAAUAUAAUCAAGAUCUUGAGAACGAACUGAGUUCAAAAGUGGAGCUUCUUAAAGAGAAAGAGGACCAGAUUAAGGAGCUGCAGAGAUACAUAGACGCCCAGAAGUCAGAAACGACAAAGACAGACCUGUCAUACUCAUCGGAAGCCACUGAAGACCUGAAACAGGCAAUGCGCACUCUGUCUGAUCUGGACACAGUGGCCCUGGACGCCAAGAGGGAGUCCGCCUUCCUUAGAAGUGAGAACCUGGAGCUGAAGGAGAGGAUUAAUGAGCUUUCAGAUUCUUGUAAGCAGAUGGAAAAUGGCAUUCAGAUGUAUCAGCGCCAGCUGGAGGCGAAAAAGCAAGUGCAGGCUGACCUGGAGAAGGAGUUACAGCUGGCUUUUCAAGAGAUAUCCAAACUCAGCGCCUUGGUAGACGGCAAAGGUUUAUUGUCUAAUUUGGAAUUGGAGAAAAGAAUUACUGAUCUCCAAAAAGAACUAAAUAAAGAAGUUGAAGAGAAAGAAACUUUGCAAAAAGAAGUUCACUUGCUGUCAGAGUUGAAAUCUUUACCAUCUGAGGUGGAGACGCUGAGGAGAGAGCUUCAUGAGAAAUCCGAAGAGCUCUGUGUAAUAACAACAGAAAGAGAAAAACUGUUUUCUGAAAUGGCUCAUAAAGACAGUAGAAUUCAAGGUUUACUUGAGGAAAUUGGAAACACGAAAGAUGACCUUGCAGCUUCCCAGCUGAGCCAGAGGAGCAGCGAUGAGGAGUGCCAAGCACUGAAAAGCCUACACGUGGAGCUCAAGCACAGACAAGAGGAGGUCCUGGAGGAGAGUGAGAGGGUGAAGCAGGAGCUUUCUCAGAAGACUCAAGAGCUCGCACAGAAAACAGCUGAGGGUCAAGAAAUGCUAAAUCAAAUGGAGGAACUGAGAGAAAAGUUAGAAAGGAGAGAUUCCAGUCUGCAGUCUGCAGAGAAGGAGAAAAAUCUGCUCACCGAGAAGCUGCAGCAAACCUUGGAGGAAGUAAGAGCUUUAACCCAAGAAAAGAACGACCUAAAGCAGCUCCAGGAGAGCCUGCAAACUGAGAGGGACCAACUCAGAAGUGACAUCCAGGACACUGUGAACAUGAACAUAGAUACCCAAGAACAGUUACUAAAUGCUCUUGAGUCUUUGAAACAACACCAAGAAACAAUUAACAUGCUGAAAAUGAAAGCUACUGAGGAAAUGUCGGAUCAUUUGCCUAUAAAGGGCAGGGAAGGAUCUAGCGAUGAAGUUGAGCAAAAGCUGGAUGGCAUAGAUGAAGAGAAUCUGCUGGCUGAAAGUGCCCACACAGUGGUUGGGAGUGGUGAGGAUCAUGGGGAAACUGAGGAACAGAGGAAAAUUGACUCUCUACUGCAGGAGAAUAGCAGACUGCAGCAGACACUGGAAAGUAUUAUAGCAGAAAAGGAACAAUUGAAGAUGGACCUAAAGGAAAAUAUUGAAAUGAGUGUGGAAAACCAGGAAGAGUUGAGAAUUCUUAGAGAUGAACUUAAAAGGCAACAAGAGAUAGCUGCACAGGAAAAGGAUCAUGUCACAGAGAAGAGUGAAGAGCUCUCCAGGGCACAUGAGAGAUUGGCAGAAAUAGAAGAAAAGUUAAAGGAAAAGAACCAGAAACUCCAAGAGACACAGCAGCAACUUGUUAGUAUACAAGAAGCUAUGAGUGAGAUGCAGGCAAAGGUGACUGACUUGGAGAACUUACAGAAUGAAUUCAGGAACCAAGCAUUGGCGUUGGAACGUGUGGAAACAGAGAGACUGGAGUUAGCUCAGAAACUUCAUGAAAAUUAUGAGAAGAUGGAGUCUAUCACCAAGGAAAGAAACGAUCUAAAAGAAUUACAGGAGUCAUUUGAAAUAGAGAAAAAGCAACUUAAAGAAUACGCAAGAGAAAUGGAAUCUGCGGGCCUACAAACAAAAGAACAACUAAACAUUGCCCAUGCAAAUCUAAAAGAAUACCAAGAAAUCAUCAAAGAGCUAAGAGGAAGCAUUUCUGAAAAAGAAGCUCAAGCAUCAAGCACCCAGGACACAGGAAAAACCAACCCUGCAUCACAAGGAGAGACCCCAGUGCCGCGAGAGCAAGAGCUACUUCCUGAUGCGGAAGAAGCCAGGGCCAGUGCAGAGAAGGGGAGUGAACUGGAGCCAGUGGAAGAACAUUCCAGAACAGCGCACUCAUUAACCACGGAGGGCAUAGAAAUGGAAAUCCUUGCACUGACCAAGAAACUUGAAGAAAGUCAGAAGGAGAUAAGCUGUCUCACUAAAGAGAGAAGUGACCUGAGACGAACACAGGAAGCACUGCAGGUCGAAUGUGCCCAGCUGAAAGACGAUGCCAGAAGAACUUUGGCUAAUCAUCUAGAAACUGAAGAGGAGCUAAGCCUUGCUCGUUGUUGCCUGAAAGAGCAAGAGAACAAAAUUGACUCCCUAAUAGUGAGCCUUUCCCAGAAGGAAGCUGAGCUGUCGAGCGUGCGGGUGCAGCUGGAGGUGACCACUGGUGAACUAGAGAGAAAGGUUCAAGAACUCUGUGAGAAACAGGAACAACUUAAUAUAAAAGAAACUAGUGAGGUUCAAGGGAAGAUGAGUGAACUUGACCACAUCAGGGCGCUUCUCCUUACCAAGGACUCAGCACUGCAGAGUGUAGAGAGUGACAGACUCCGGCUGAAUAAACAACUUGAAGAAAGUCAAGAGGAAAUAAAAAUUCUAAUUAAGGAAAGAGAAGAGCUGAGAAGAGCACAAGAGGCCCUUCAUGUGGAGAGGGAGCAGCAGCAGGAGAGCAUUAAGGAGAUCAGCACUAGGCUGCAAGAACUUCAGGACAAAGAGUAUGAAUAUCUUGUGAUGAAGAGCCUUAAUGAGACUCAAGGAAAUAAAUGUGAAGACUUAAACCAGCAGUUGGAGGCCCAGAAGUCAAGUCUGGAAAAGGUGGAAAUGCAGAAUGUAAACUUGACUCAGAGACUUAAUGAAACCCUUGAAGAAAUGAAAUCCGUAGCAAAGGAAAGAGAUGAGCUUCGCAGUGUGGAGGAGCGCCUCACAGCAGACAGAGACCAGUUGAAGAAGAGCCUUGAAGAGACAAUAACUAAAGGUCUGGAAAAAGAGGAAGAGCUAAGAGUUGCACAUAUGCAUCUGCAAGAGCACCAAGAAACUAUCAACGAGCUCAGAAAGAGUGUGUCUGACUGCACAGAUGAAAUAGCGCACAUCCACGGGGACUUAGAGCACACACAUGCUGUCAUCCACGGGGACUUAGAGCACACACAUGCUGUCAUCCACGGGGACUUAGAGCACACACAUGCUGUCAUCCACGGGGACUUAGAGCACACACAUGCUGUCAUCCACGGGGACUUAGAGCACACACAUGCUGUCAUCCACGGGGACUUAGAGCACACACAUGCUGUCUUACAGACACAGAACCAAGAACUCCAGGAAAAAGGACAUCAGCUUUCUCAAGUAAAGGCUGAUCUCAGAGAAACAAUGGACCAAAUGGAGCAAUUGAAGGAGCAGCUCGAAGCCCAGAAUUCAACUCUGGAAAGCAUAGAAAUAGAGAAGUUAAAACUGACUCAACAACUUAAUGAGAACCUUAAAGAAAUGACACUAGUCGCUAAGGAAAAUGAUGACCUAAAAAUUAUGGAUGAAGCCCUCAGAGAAGAGCGAGACCAACUAAGGGAAAGUCUGCGACAAACAGAAGCAAGUGAUCUGGAAAAGCAAGAGAAACUAAGAAUUGCUCACCUGGAUCUGAAAGAGCACCAAGAAACCAUCGAGAGACUCAUGGGAAGUGUGGCUAAGAGGACGGAGGAAGUGUCAGACAUGAACAUGGAGCUGGAAAGAGCAAACACUAGGUUACAGGAGAAGGUUCAAGAACUUAAGGCAAGUGAGCUUCAGCUUCUUAAGUCAAAAGUGGAAGCCGGUGAAACCAAGAAGCAGCUCAAGGAGCAGGGCUUAGCUCUGAGUAAGAUAGAGAUGGAGAAUUUAAAUCUGGCUCAGCAGAUUCACCAGAACCUUGAAGAAAUGAAAUCUAUAUCAAAAGAAAGAGAUGAUCUAAAGAGAAUGGAGGAGAUACUCAGGAUGGAGAAAGACCAGCUCAAGGACAGCCUAAGAGAAGCCAAGUUUAAGGCCCAUCAGAACUAUGAAGAGACAGUGCAAUAUGGAAAGGGGUUACUAUGUGGUGGAGAACAGCACUGUACAGGAAGACUUCGAGAAAAGUGCCUCAGGAUAGAAAAACUCCUGAAAAGAUACUCAGAAAUGGCUAAUGAUUACGAGUGCUUGAAUAGAUUCUCUCUUGACCUGGAGAAAGAAACUAAAACCCAAAAGGAGCUGUCAGUUACCAUAAAAACAAAGCUCUCACUUCCAUACACACAAACCAAAGAGAUUGAAAAGCUUCUUACUGCAAACCAGAGAUGUUCCAUGGAAUUCCACAGAAUCCUGAAGAAACUUAAGUAUGUGUUAAGCUACAUUACAAGGAUAAAGGAAGAACAGCAUGAGUUCAUCAAUAAAUUUGAAAUGGCUUUUAUUCAGGAAGUAGAAAAGCAGAAUGAAUUGCAAAUUAAAAUACAGAGCCUUUCACAGACUUCCAAUAUUCCAUCCAGAGAUUCACAGAGCAAACUGAGCCAGGAAAUGGACCUCCACAUUGAGGAAAUUCUCAAAGACUUUUCAGAAAAUGACUUCCUCACCAUAAAAACUGAAGUCAAACAAGUACUAAGUAAUAGGAAAGAAAUAACUGAGUUUUUGGAAAAAUGGCUAAAUACUCAUUUUGAUACAGAAAAUCUUAAAAGUAGCAUCCAAAAAGAAAACAAAAGCAUCGGCCUAGUGAAUAACUUCUACCAUAGCAAAAUCACUGCCAUGGUAAAUGAAUCGACGGAGUUUGAGGAGAGAUGUGCUGCCAGAGCCAAAGAUUUGGAGCGUCACCUGAAGGCGCUGACAGAAACAACUGAGCAACUGUCUAAAGUCUACCAGUCACUGACUGUCUCUUGGUCCAUUGUGCGUCCUUCCACACAGGACAGCAAGGAUCCUCGUGUUGCAUUGGAAGCUGAACAACUGACCUCAAAGGACAAAAAUGCUUUAGGAGCUAUGCCCUAUAAAGAAGAAAUUGAGGAUCUCAAAAUGCAGCUGGUGAAGAUUGACCUAGAGAAGAAGGCAAAAGCCAAGGAAUUUGAAAAGGAAAUGCUUGCUAUAAAAGCCACUGUUGAACAUCAAGAAGAAGUGAUAAGGCUACUGAGAGAAAAUCUUAGAAGAAAUCAGCAGGCCCAGGAUACCUCAAUGCUCUCAGAACAAGACUCGCAUCCUCUGAGGAAACCUCUAACCUGUGGCGGUGGCAGCGGCAUUGUACAAAGCACAAAAGCUCUUAUUUUGAAAAGUGAAUAUAAAAAGAUGGAAAGUGAAAUUUCUAAGUUAAAGCAACAAAAUGAGCAGCUAAGAAAGCAAAAGAAUCAGCUGUUAUGUGAUAACUCCCAGCUCUCCAAGGAGGUUAAGAGCUGGGAGGAGAGAACUCUCAGAAGAGACAGUUACAGAGAAGCUUCUCAUGAGAACCCUCCAAAGUCUCCUGCAGUGACUGGGAUGGAGUCCAAGAGGAGACAGAACACAGCUUCCCAGUGCAAGGAGCGAAAUUUCCAGGAUCCGGUGCCAAAAGAUUCCCCAAAAUCUUCGUUUUUCGAUAGCCGGUCAAAGUCUCUACCAGCACCUCCCCCAAUCCGCUAUUUUGAUAACUCCAGUUUAGGGCUGUGCCCAGAGGAACCAGCUGAAAUAGAGAAUGUGGACCCUAAGGCAAACCUUUGUCAAGCCUCUUCAGGGAAAGAUGUGUCCGAGUGCAAAAUGCAGUAGACGCCCCUCGGAGCACCCUGUGGAGCGGCUCUCUUCGCGUGUCCACCCUGACAGCGACGUUGCAGUCCCGCUUCACUUCAGUCUGAUUUUCACGUAUAAUUAGAAGAUGGAGGAACAAGAAACAGAUUGGUUGCAAUUACUUAGAAUGGUGGCCGCAAUUCCUUCUGCUUGCAUUUGUGAACUGUUAAUUAUUUAUAUAUUGCAAAGAGUCUUGAAGGAAGUUUUUAGUCUUUCCAUAUGGACAUAAUGUGUAUACAUUUCAUUAAAGUUAUUCAUAUAUGACUUA